AUGCAUGGCCGAGGCGCCGCCGUCGCCAAGUUGAGGAGGGGGAGCCAAGUAGCGGGGAAGCCGGGUCCGCGGCCGGGGCUGGACGGGAGGCUCGCCGGCGCCGGUUCGGGGUGGCUGCGGGUGGGGCCGCGCGGAUCGGGCAGUGACGGAAGAAGGGGGACGGAGGGCGAACGUCAGCGGGCGGGCAGAAGUCAGCACGGAGCAGACCGCGAGGUCAGGUCACCGGUAGAGACCGCCGAGUGGGUAUACAAGCGGGUACUUGCAAGGACGACGCGUGUCCUAAAUCGCAGCUUUUCCCGCCGGUUAAAGAGGAUGGCCACGGUCCCCACCUUUCCACGAAGACCGUUGGUGCCGGCUGCUAGAUAA